GAUCUGCAGCAUCUAUCGUCUACAUAUCCGGUUUCUCCACUGAGCCAAUCGGUGGCACUAUUCUAAUCUUCAACGCAUUAGGCACAGGAAUACUCGUAUAAAGGAACGUUAUUCCUGACAUAUUGUAGCAGUCUGUUGGAUUUUACUGGCGAGAUUGUUGCUUCGUCUGGGCGCUCCUCUAGAUUUGCCAUUGGUCUUUCGACGUCUUUCGACGUAAUCCGUCUACUGCUGCUAUAAGCCUCUAAGAGACGGUUUCCCCGUCAUUAGUGGUUCUUCUUCACUAUACAUCUGAAUAUCGUGGUACAAAUAUCUUCGCUCUUCUCUGUACUCCUGCCGCUAUUCUGAAGAAAUCCUAUCCAAUUUUCUGCCACACAACCUGUAACAGUCUCCAUGAUGUCGUGGUUAAAACGUUUCACCCGUGGUAUAUUCAAUUAUCCACCCUCCAAUGCUCCAAACUCGGUUGUGCACGGCAACCUGACACGGAGUGUCACUCUCUAUUACCAGAUUCCCACGGCGCAGUUUGCUGGCAAGCGGUCAUCCCAUCACGACGACUACGGACGAGACUAUUGGAUAUACUCAGCGGACUUUGAGGUGGAAAAGCAAUGGAACUACCCGGAAAUCCCCCAGUCAAUGUGGAUCGUUAGCAUGGAAGUCGAGCCCAGUCUCGUCACCCGACAACAUCUCAACACGCUUUUGGAAGGUGCACGGGCUCCGCGAGCCAAAGUAGCUCCCAAAGCCGGUUACAGUGGACUGGUAAGCCCGUAUGAGAUUACCGUGGAAGGGAAAGUUAGUGCGUCCAACAAUGAUCCAUUCACUUGCACCAGCAUCGCCAUCGGACCUACUGGAUGGGCGUACUCUGCAGUAGCCAAAGACGACACCAAGUUGGCCCAUUUGAUGUGUUGUAAAACGACUGUCGACGAAAACGGUCACAGCCACCAGUCUCCGGCUUUGAUCGCGGGAUAUGUUUACGUCAGACUGACGUUUCGUAUCCAGCAGCACGAGCGCCACGAUCUACAGCGUCUACUGGAUUCCGGUUUGAUGGCUGAUUGUACCCUGGUUGCCCAGGACGGCCGCAAAUUUUCAGCGCAUCGCGCCAUUCUGGCAGUACAGUCGCCGGUGCUGACGGAAAUGUUGCAAAAUAACAAACAUGACAAAAUCUCCGGUCUGUCCAUCACGGUGGACACCGAUGGGGCUUUGUUGGAAAUACUUGUACGGUUUGCGUAUACGCGAAAAGUAUUGCACACGGCCGAUGAGAGGCUGGAAGAGUUGUGGAUGGCAGCGGAUAAAUUCGAGAUGAAGGAGCUGGCAGCCGCUUGUGAGUGCCGUAUGAUGGCUGGCGUUGACGUGGGCAACGCGAUGCGGUACUAUGCGUUCGCUCGGAAAUUCGGUUUGGCGAAACUGCAACAAAGCAUCGCACGAUGCAUCGGCAAGAAUCCAGUGGAUGCCUAACUACAUACGUUAUUACCAUAAGACGUGUAACAUGUUUCGCUUGAACGCUUUUCAUUUUUCGUGCUGCGUAUUAAACGGUUUAAUGCUUGUAAAGGUUUGGUGGUACGCUCCUCAUUUAGGUACUCCCACGUAAAUUAUCUUAUUACAAGGUUACUUUAUAAUUUAUACGAGCUUUGCUGUGCAGUCAUACUGUCGUCCCGAGCAGGUUCAAACGCUCUAAUCUAACAAAAAUGCUUUAGUAUUGAUACGUUUAUCGUUACUUUGCUUAGAAAUCCACAGUAUGGUCUGCGUAUGCGCAUUCCGCUAAGACCUUAAUCUAAUACGCCGAUAAGAAAGAAAUUUAUUCCUCUCAUUAAUCUCCUUCUCUAUAUAGUGGUGGUUCUCUGAUGGUGCAAGACUGCAAGCCUCAUAUUUUAAUUACCACGGAGCACGGAGAAAUUCUUUGGUUUUAUAUUUGACUGUAGACACAAGAAACAGAUACUCGUAAAUGGCUUUACCGGUUCCAACCGCUGAUGUACAUUCGGUUAUCAGUACUUUGAUUUUAUUCGUCUGGAAGUAUUGCUGCGUUAAGUUUUCGUCCGUUUCGUUUGAGCAGUGUCAUUCACCUUUGC